GAGCGCGUCGCAUCUUUGGGAAUUUCGAUUGAAUUAUAAAUAAUAAUAAAAAUCCAACUUCCUGACUUUUACGCAUCAGUCGGGUUUAUUUUAAGAGUAUCUUCUUUUAAUAAUUGAACUGUCUCUAGUGUUUUGAAUCAGAUCUAUUCUGAUAACAGGCCUAUCUGUUCUUUAUUUUUUUUAAUAAUCUUCUUAUAUAUACAUAAACAUCUUGAAGGAUCAGUCAGUUUUUUGGAGUCACUCACAUCGUCCGGACAUCUGCUGAAUCUGUUUGACAAGAAAGGAUUUUAAAGGCAUCCUGCCACAUCUUCAUAAGCAUGAAACAGGCAACAGCCAAAACUGAGAUGAACCGUUUGAACGUCACUAAUGAGGACGACAGCAGCAGCACCAACAGCACUGAAUACCCUUACCCCAAGAAGGUCCCACUGAAUAGCCAAUACUCUGAUAUAGAUGCAGAGAGUCAAAACUUCCUCCCUGAACACAACCUGGGCAAGAAGAAGUAUGAGACAGAAUAUCACCAGGGCAAUGCCUCCUUUGGCAUGUCCGUCUUCAACCUGGGUAACGCCAUCAUGGGCAGUGGCAUUCUGGGUCUGUCCUACGCCAUGGCAAACACUGGCAUCGCCCUAUUUGUGAUUCUGCUUGUGGCUGUUGCCAUCUUCUCAUUGUAUUCUGUCCACUUGCUGUUGAAGACGGCCAAUGAAGGAGGUGCGCUGGUGUACGAGCAGCUGGGUUACAAAGCCUUUGGAAUGCCGGGGAAACUUGCUGCUUCCUGCUCCAUCACCAUGCAGAACAUUGGAGCCAUGUCAAGCUACCUCUACAUUGUCAAGUACGAGCUACCCACCGUCAUUCAAGCCUUUAUGGGAGGCAGCAAUGGAGAAUGGUAUACUAACGGAGACUACCUGGUACUGCUGGUGUCGUUCACCAUUAUCCUUCCUCUCUCACUGCUCAGGAACUUGGGUUACCUUGGUUACACCAGUGGUCUGUCCCUGCUCUGCAUGGUGUUCUUUCUGAUUGUGGUGAUUAUCAAGAAGUUCCAGAUCCCGUGCCCUCUGCAUCUGGAUGAGAACACUGUGAAUGAGUCAUUGAAACUGCUGAACAUGAGCUUGACCAACAGCAACUCCAGCACCUCCGCCGUAGACUACGAUGACAUCUGCACGCCCAAAUACUUUGUCUUCAACUCACAGACUGUCUAUGCAGUUCCCAUCCUGACCUUCGCUUUUGUGUGCCACCCGGCCAUCCUGCCCAUGUAUGAGGAGCUCAAAGACCGUUCCCGCAGAAAGAUGCAGGGUGUUGCCAACGUGUCUUUCCUGGCCAUGUUCAUCAUGUACCUGCUGGCUGCCCUCUUUGGAUAUCUGACCUUCAACAUUCAUGUGGAGGAUGAGCUGCUGCACACCUACUCCAAGUUGUACAAGUUUGAUGUGCUCCUGCUGAUCGUCCGUCUGGCUGUGCUGACCGCUGUCACCCUCACCGUCCCUGUGGUGCUCUUCCCUAUUCGUACCUCUGUCAACCAGCUCCUGUGCGCCUCAAAGGAGUUCAGCUGGGUCCGCCACACCAUCAUCACAGUGAUCCUGCUUGCCUGCACCAACGCCCUGGUCAUCUUUGUCCCAGCCAUCAGGGACAUCUUCGGCUUCAUUGGUUCAUCUGCUGCUGCCAUGCUCAUCUUUAUCCUGCCCUCUGCUUUCUACAUCAAAUUGGUCAAGAAGGAGUCCAUGAAAUCUGUGCAAAAGAUUGGGGCUACCUGCUUCCUGAUUUGCGGAUUCGUGGUCAUGAUCGGCUGUAUGAGCCUCAUCAUCAUGAACUGGGUCCGGAACGCCUCUACUGAAAACGCCAAUGGACACUAAACACCACCUCUCCUGCCGCGGCCUGCCUGAGGAGAGGAGACUCAGCGCUGGACUGCUACAACCGCGCAAACCAACGAAGAUCGAAAUCUAUUGUAAAAGAAGAAAUACACAAGAACUCACUUGAUGCUCAGCUUUUACCUUCUGAGCAAUAGACCAUGCCAUUCCAAGAGAAUGUAUCUGAACUUUGUACAGUAUGCUGUUAUAGGCCACAAAGAUGGUAUUUUACUUGUUUUUUUUCUCUUUUUAUUAUAACUUUUUUCAUUGUCAUUUUUUGCUCGUUUUUACCCUUUAUGUCUUUUUUUGUAGUUACGGUACAGCUGAAAACAAAUAUUUGAAGGUGCCUCAAUCAAAAAUGACAUAGUCCUAGAGUUCAAAAUGCAGCUUACACUCAGGUACGGUUUUAUGUGUUUGCAAGUGUGGCUGUGACCUCAGAGCUCAGCAACAGCAAAUCCUGCUGAGAAAAGAACGCAAAUCUCCCGAAGAUUGACAAGAGGCAACAGACUUGAAAGUUUAUCCUCAAGGACAAUUAAGUUCCUUCCAUUAGUUUUUUUUUCUUUUCCUUUUUUACUUUGCCAAAAAUGUAUUUGUAAAGCAUCUUUGUAUAUUGAAAAGCACUCACUGUUCAGCACACUUGUGAAAAAAAAGACAUUUCAAUUUUCACAGACAAGGCCUACUACACCGCCUAUUCAGUAUUUGUACCAAGGCUUUGUGACCUUGCUUAUAGCGUCAGCUUUCCUUGUAAAACAUAGUGUAAGUCAACAGAACCUGCCUUUUCCAACCCGACACUGGGAGCUGCAGAGUAUCUCAUAAGAGGACUCUUUCGAAAACUGUAUUUACUCUUAAUAACCUGCUGAAGAUCUUGUUGGAAUAGCGUUUGCAGCAACGACACUACUGCUUUGAGACCUGGAGGCCGCCGAGCCCCCAGUUCCACCACCCUAAUGCGGGGGCGGGGGAAACAUAAAUUUUUUUCUUUAUGGGAGAAUACUUUGAAUUUGACCACAUGCAGUGGUUGUAAUAUACCUGUUAAACUUGCAAAAAAACCCUAAAAUGUCAGGUGCGUUAUUGACCACCAACAACCAAACCUGUCAACGUAGAAAGCUGAGAGCCUCUGUCACGAUAUCUUGAGUGUUUUUACGUAUGGUUGCGCAGUUUUCUGCUUUCGAAAUAUGUCACAAUGAAGAACUUGAGAGCUUGAUGUGGACUUAUUUCCCAUCAGGUUGUGAGCCUGUCAUCUGACGGUGCACUGUGCUUCCAACACUAACUUAACACAUCACCAAACUGUUAUUGUCCAUCUAUUUAUGGAAGACCGUGAAAUCAAUGUAAUUUAAUCUAUUUUACUAUAUUUAUAUAAUAUUGUAUGUAUAUAUAUAUGUAUAUAUAUCUAUUGAGUUCAACUGUAUAUAUGCUUUGUUUUGUUUGGACUUUUUUUUUUUUUUUUUUUUUUUACAAUAAUGCAUUGGAGCUGUAAAACAAAAAAAACCCCAAGCUAGUGAAUUUGUAAUAUUGAAUUUCUUCAGAUAAUUAGGAGCUUCAGCUGUUCAUCUCUGUAAAAACUGAUUGAAUUAUCCUACUGUGUUGAUUCUGUGAAAACUGUUACAUUUGGAAGCCACUGAUGCAGCAGCAGUCUUUUGUCCUUUUUGACCCCUGAACACACCCAAAAUCAGCAAAAUGUUCGUUACGCACAUCUUGGUUGGAGAGUACGUCAGCCAUCUCUUGACCUCAGGAGCAAAGAGGGCUUUGCCCGCCAGUGUUACACUCUUGUUUCAAUGAAACACUAUGUAUAUCCUGUAAUUAAUGUCCAAUUAAAAUCAAAAGAU